AUGAGUGCUGCUGUUGGCGAUGCUAACCGUGUUUGCCGUCCAGCAUUAGCUAGCUACAAAACAUUCCAGAUCUCGAAUGAUUCGCAGUUGCCCGGAAUAUUAGAUCAAGUACAGUCAUUGGACGGCAUGGUGGUAUCUGUCAUCGAAUGUCGAAUUGCUGAUAUUAUCGAAGCAGUUUUGUUUUCUUUUAUGCUACCAUUUCUUCGGCUGGACUUUUCGCCGUGCCCUGCAGUAACUAAUGAAUGGGAAACUGAAGGUUUAGAAUUUUAUCAGCUGAAUGACUUUAACAGGGAUACCUGUGGCACUCUUAGUAUCACCCGGUGGUUGGAACAAAAUAUGUGUUUCCCGUUCAUGGACAACAACACAAGACUUUUCCUCAUGGACAAUGUAACGUCUAGUGCAAGUAGAGAACUGCAAGAAUGUGCUGGUUUAGAUGAUCUCCAAUGGAGUAACGUCUCCUAUCCAGUGACGUUCAAUUCCCCAGAUCUACCUGACAACGUGAAAUGGCACCGUUUAUUGAAUGGGAAGCAUUUACGAUUAACGUCACUUGAGCGACCACCUUUUGUGAUUUUUGAGCGCGACUCGUAUGGAUCUGUCAUCGCGUACAAAGGAUAUUGCUACGAAAUCAUUAACGCGUUGCAAGAAGCAUACAACUUUACAUACGAAGUCGUCUUUCCUGUUGACAAAAGCUAUGGAAAAAUAAUGCCAAAUGAAAGUUGGGAUGGAAUGAUUGGAUUGAUUCUUGAGCAAGAUGCCGACAUUGGUUUGGGCCCGUUUUCUGUUACUUAUUCUCGAUAUGAAGUUGUCGACUUCUCCGUAGGGUUUCACGAAGAAACGGCCACUAUAUUGAUCCCGCCACCCGGUGAGGAAAAUCGCUUGCUAGUUUGUGUGAAGCCAUUUGUUUGGGAGGUUUGGCUUCUAUUGAGUGUUUUUGUGGUAAUCCUGCCCGCCAUUGUCUGGGCGCAUUUUAAGUGUUUACAAUUCCCUCAUGGGGAAAAAACAUGCCCAGGCUUAGCGAAACAAUACGUCUUCGUACUUGGAGUACUGAUCGGCCAAUCCGGGCAAAAAUUCGCGUCGUUUGGGUUUUCACCUCGUUUGCUAGGAGCCGUUUGGUGUUUAAUCGCUGUCGUGUUUGCAAGUGCAUAUGUUGGAGUUCUUGUUUCAUUUUUGCGUUUUCCAAUAUUAACGCCUAUUAUCAAUAAGCUUGAGGAAUUGCCGGUUUCCCACCUGAAAUGGAUUAUUCCACGAGGAACAGCUCUCGAAUCACUUUUCUCGGAGGCGACAACGGGAGUUUACAAGACUAUUGGGGAUGGAUUGUUAGAUACUCGGGGCAGCCUUAUAGAUUCCGGCCUGGAUGGAAUUCAUCAAGUUACUCAAGGCAGC